UUGACAUCUGACAGCAUGGUCUCAAUCACAGAAGAACCGGAUUCAGAACGUACGGAUAUAUAUACGCCUCGGAGCAUUUUGAAAGAUAGCGAGACAGAAACCGAAUACCAAAUACGUACACGCUUCUUCAUGAAUCCUCAGACAGCUAAACUGCCAACCCGUGUUUAUCGCCGCUCAUUCAGACGACAGUUUAGUGAGCCGAGGUAUCGCCUAUCACAACUUCGUCAACUGGAAAGGUCUAACUUAUUGAAGUGUAAAGGAGAAGACGUCGGGACUCAGUUUUAUCUAGAAGAUAUCAAAUCCGAGAGUGCGGUCCAUGAACAGAGACGUGGCUCUGUAGAAUCAGCCGCAUUUCUGGGCGUGAGGGAACAAAAUACGGCCAGUCUUCUAGAAGGCAGAUUGAUAGCGGAAUUGCAGUCGGCUAUUGGACACUAUACCAUGCUUAGUACGAGUCUGAGUGAAUUAGACAAAACUGAAUUCAAUGUCAGGCUCCAGUCCCCUUCUGCCGCCGGUGAAUCCCAAGCGUGGACUUCAGGCGAUGCAUUUCGGCCAGCUACAUCGGACCGUGGCGAAUUGACAAAGAUAAUAAAAGCGAAAAAACCACUGAGAACCAACCGGCGUCAGCCACUGUCUCUCAGAAAACAAGCGAAUUCAGAAUACGGUCAAAUUAGUAUGAUGCGACUAAAUACCAAUCCGAGCUCACACGAUCCGGGAAAACCUAAUGUUCAAGGUUCUUGUGCACAACCGAAACCUGAUCGAUCAAGGAAGACAUGCAAUUAUCGACAGGGUAGAUCACCACUGUUCAACUUUGUGCCUAUUGAGACAGGUGUUAGACGACCCCAGAAGACAAACAAACGUUUAGAAACGCAGCUAGUACCACCUUUAGGGCGAAGGACUAGAGAGGAGAGGGUGAUAAGAAGGUUACAUCAUUUAUCAGCGGACGAUUUAUCGGAGCAGAGCUCCAAAGAAACCAACCGCUUCGCGAAGCCAACCAGAGUGAAUUUUCGUAAAAAUUCAGAUUCAGCAAGAAAGACAAUUUCACUGAAGACCUCCAAACCACAAAGUGCUCCGAAAGUUGCAUAUAGAAUAGGCCAGCAUAGAAGAUCCAAGUCAAGCGCAACUUAG